UACACGCCCAUGAUGACAUGUUGAGAACUCAAUGCUCCAUUUCUUGUAAAUAAGUAUAACUAUAAAGAAUUAUUUAACUUUAGCCAGACAGUUCCGGCACAGUUCCUUAGCUUAGAAGCUGGUGUAAGAAGAAAUAAACAAAUAGUCAACAAACCAAAUGGACGGCAAGUUGCAGCCCAUCUCCACACUGUCUGGUCAUCAAGACCGAGUUUGGUGCGUCUCGUGGAAUCCGACCGGGACACUUCUGGCGAGCUGUGGCGGCGACAAGACGGUCAGAAUAUGGGGCAAAGAAGGUGAUGAUUGGGUUUGCAAGAAGAUCCUGCAGGACGGCCACACCAGGACCGUCCGACGAGUCGCCUGGUCACCCUGCGGUCAGCUGCUGGCCUCUGCGGGCUUCGAUGCCCAGACCUGCAUCUGGGAUCGCAGGAGUGGAGAGUUUGAGUGCACCGCCACGUUGGAGGGCCACGAGAACGAGGUGAAGAGCGUGGCCUGGUCACAGUCUGGCUCCCUACUCGCGUCGUGCAGCAGGGAUAAGAGCGUGUGGAUAUGGGAAGUUGACCAAGAAGACGAUGAUUAUCAAUGUGCCAGUGUACUCAGCAUUCACUCUCAAGACGUGAAGAACAUUGCUUGGCAGCCUGGGCGCGAGAUCCUGGCAUCCUGUAGCUAUGACAACACCAUCCGCUUCUUCCACGAGGAAGACGAUGACUGGAGCAGCUUCGCGACCCUUGAAGGUCACGAGUCCACGGUAUGGGCCAUCAGCUUCGAUAAGACGGGGUCCAGACUUGCUUCCAGCAGCGACGACAAGACUGUCAAGAUCUGGCAGGAGUACCAACCUGGAAACCCUGAAGGUGUAGUUACAACAGAUAAUAUGCCUGAAUGGAAGUGUGUUUGUACACUCUCAGGACAUCAUUCCAGAACUGUCUUUGAUAUCAACUGGUGCCAUCAGACCGGCUUGAUUGCAACCUGUUCGGCGGAUGACAGCAUCCUCAUCUUCAAGGAGGACGAAUCUAUCCAGGACAGACGGAACCAACCGACCUUUGACCUUGCUGUCAAGACGAGCAGAGCACACACCGAAGAUGUCAACGGGGUAUGCUGGAAUCCGAAGCAGCCGGGGCUCCUUGCCUCGUGCUCAGACGAUGGCUCCGUCAAGCUGUGGCAGUACACUUCGGAGUUAUCUUGAUAUCUUCAUACCUAAUGAACUGAACUAAUCUAGUCGUCAGGGAUGCCAUUUUUUUUUUUUUUAGGCUUUACCCUGAUUGUAGGCCCUUAUGCCUUCUCAAUCAGGCUUCUCCAGGCUUCUUCUUGCUUCAUAUUGUACAGCACAUAUGAAACUCCUACACGUCAGAGUCUCUGUCAGGCUUGCGUUGUGAAACCAACUGAUAUCCCAGAGUCUUGAACUGGUGCUGAAAAGAUGUUAUGAUAUCUAUCACCAAGCCUGAUGAAGUGAACAUAUUCUGAACUGAUAUUUAGGGAUGCCAGUUUUCAGGCAAAAGCCUGAAUUAAGGCUCUGGCGAUAUAUCUGGAUUUUGGAGGCCAUAGUUUUAGCUAUUUUGUGUCGAGACGACUCAAUAUAGGUGAUUUUCAGGCCCUCUGAUAUCACCGAGCCAAAUGAAGUGAACUAAUUCUGAACUGAUAGUUGAAAACGGUGAAAGAGGCUGGUUGAUGUCAUUAUAUCAGGGAUGGAAUCCCUUACUCCUCACCUGAUUGAAUGAAGAAUAUUCCAGUACUAAAAAUUACGAAAUUAGCGAAAAGAGGAAAAAUCUCUCUCGUGAUACAGUAUACAAAUAAUACACUGAAGUGAGGGCAUUUGUAAGAAUUACCCACACAAGGUACCUUUGGAACAGUCUAACGCCAGAGGCGAUAACUGAGGAUGUUUGUACUGUUUUGAAGGUACGGAGUGUCGAUAAUUUGACUGAUGCCCAAACAAAAUGCUGUGUAUUAUUUGUUUUAUAAGAUUAUGUUUUAUUUGUUAUAUAAAAAGAUGUUUUACAACAUGAUUUUACUAAUGACCAGUCAUGAGCAUUUGAUAAUGACUGGUCAAUGGUCAGUAUCAAUACGACGUGUUAGGCAAAAUAAAUGCCUGGUCACGGGUACGCUCUCAACCAAUUAUUUUAUUUGGAUCCACGUCAUCAUUUUAUAAUAGGACAUAUUAUCUGUAUUAAUGUUUGAGUAAGUUGAAGUCUGUAAUUUUUUUCUAAAAUUAUAAUUCCUAUCAUGAUCAUCGACAUUUUCUGCUCAAUCUUUAUGCAUGUAUAUUUACUUUGAUAUUUGUCUCAUUGUUUCCAAGCAAACCAUUUAAUUUUCAUGUGCCUUAACCUUCCUUAUGCAUUCAAAAGAAUAAUUUAUCAUUCUCAUAUACAUGUAUUCAAUAUUUUUCAACAUUUAUUGAGAAUUCAUGCAUAUAUAAAGCUUAUUCAAACUGACCUAUUGUGGUUUCAAAUUAUGGUAAUGUAAUUAAAUUCAUAUUUAACAAUUGCAUAAUGUUUUUAAAACCAAGCAGGAUAUGCAAAACUGAUAAGAAGAUUGAGGAUGAUAAUAAUGAUAACUAUAAUAAAAACACUAAGUAUUAAUACUAUUUUCAGAUUAUAUAGCAGUGUACUUCUUUAAAAAAUGAUAAAACAUUAUCUAUAUACCGGUACUUCAUUUUCCAUUUUUAGUUAGACUCGCUCCAUAUGAAUUGUUUGAUCUCGUCAUCGAAUGUCCUACCAGUUUUUAUUCAUAUAGGGAGCUAUCUGUUGCUCAGAAAUACACAUAGGUUUCUACAUUGAUUGAUUGAUUGAUUGAUUGAUUUUAUUUAGAAGGUUGGCAGGAUUUUUCCUUGCCUAGUCUCACAGUGCAGACGCUGUUACAUACUAAUGAAGGGAAUCAAUCUUAACAUGUAAGAAAGGGGGAAGGAGGUUUUAAUUGGCGGAAAAUACUGAAAGAGAGAAAGGGAAGAGAGAAGGGCAAAAGGAUGAGAAAUAGGUAGGUAUGGUAUUUAUUGAAACAUGCAUCGCAGUUACAUAUACUGAAUUGCGCAUGGAUAUACAGUGCAUUUUAAAAACAAGUGUACAAUUUAAAACAGUAUCAUUUACAUAUUUAUAAGUACAUGUAUAUGUCACAUGUUUAUCCUUAAUUUUGUACCAAAUGUAAAAUAAACGCAAAAAUACGAACAA